AUGUCGAAAGUUUGGCUUAUCACUGGGUCCUCUCGUGGCCUUGGCCUUUCCAUCGCCGAAGCUGCUCUCAACAGCGGAGACGCUGUCAUCGCUACUGCUCGUAAGCCUGAGCAGCUUGCUGAUCUUGUCGAGAAAUAUGGCAACGACCGCGUCCUUCCAGUCGCUCUCGACGUGACAAACAACGACCAAGUCCUCCAAGCUGUGAAGUCUGGACAUGAGAAAUUUGGCCGCAUCGAUGUCGUCGUCAACAACGCAGGGUAUGCCAAUACAGCAUCCAUCGAGGAUAUUGAUAUCGACGACUUCCGCGCCCAGGUUGACGCCAACCUCAUGGGCGUCGUCUACGUCUCUAAAGCUGUGCUUCCUAUCCUUCGCCAACAGAAAUCAGGCCAUAUCAUCCAGAUUUCUUCCGUUGGUGGACGUAUCGGUAUUCCAGGCCUUUCCGCUUACCAGUGUGCUAAAUGGGCUGUUGGUGGAUUCUCCACGGUAUUGGCUCAGGAGGUGGCCCCCUUUGGAAUUAAGGUUACGGUUCUUGAGCCUGGUGGUGUCCGAACCGAUUGGGCUGGCUCAUCUAUGCAGAUUCCCCCUGUCCGCGAACCCUACCAGCAGACAGUUGGUAUCUUUGCCAAGUUCCUUCGUCAGUUAUCUGGAACAGAGAUGUCUAUGCCAAGCAAAGUCGCCGACAUUGUGCUUAAAGUUUUGGAUGAAAAAGAGCCUCCUCUUCGUCUUCUUGUUGGCCCUGAUGCGGUGGAACAUGCUGGGAAGGCUGCUGAGACACUCAGUGCCUCUGACAAGAAGUGGCAAGAGCUGAGCUUUUCGUCAGCUUAG